AUGCUUCUUUACUACAACAAGAGUUUCUUCUGGUUGCUCCUGGAGCGUCGAGGCAGCGUGUUCUACAGAUGCGACUCCUUGUUCGGAGGGGUCCUGAUCGCGGGCUUAGGCGGCCUCGUCCAGUGGAUGCGCGACACCCGCUGGGACUACGCGCCGGAGAUCUAUCACCACUAUGGCUUCCAAGCGCUAGGGGCCGGCGUCACCUUCGCCAUCGUCUUCCGGACUCAGUUGGCGUGGAAUCGAUACUGGGAG